AUUUAAAUCAAAUAGAAACAACCAUUGGAUAAGAAUUGUUUGACUUUGUUAAUGAAAAAUAAUUUUAUAUUUUAUACAAAAAUAAAAAGGAAAUUUAUCAAUAUAAUUAAAAAAUGGCUGAUUAUAAAUCUUUCAAUUUAGAAAGUGAAAAAAAUGAUGAGGAGAAACAACUUGCGGAGGAUAAUUCCAAUAUUGAAACAGAAAAGGCAUCAAGUGAUCAGUGUAAUUAUGAAAAUAUGCCUGAUGAACCAUUAUCAAAUGAUCAGGGUGAUGUGCCUUUGGCACUUUUACCCCCUGAUCAUCCGUUGUUGGCUAAGUUUCAACAAUCAUUAAAAGAAUUUCUCAUACGCACCCGAGAUCAAUUGAUUAAUGAAAUUGAGGAAAUUAAAUAUUCAGUUAAGCAAAAGGAACAACAGCGUGAGGAUCAGGGUGCUAUACUAUAUGACCGGCAACAAGAAAUCCAAAGACAAAACGAACAGCUCGAAGAGUUUGCACAACAAAUACAAGAAAAUCUUCAACAACGCCACCACGAAGAAGAGGCUGUCAGUCAACUUAAAGCCGAGUAUGAGGAAAAGGCACAAUUAACGAAGGAACAGAAGAGUCUGUAUAACAAACGAAUGGCUGAGUUGGAACACAUGCAAGAACUCGAGAAUAAUAUAAAAAAAUGGACCGAUGACGUUGAAAACGAAGUAAAAAAUGCUAAACGUGUUGUAAGUCGUGAUGCACAAUUGCAGCAACAAUUAUCAGAGGAAAAGAAAAGAUCGGAUUUGUUAUUCUAUCACUUGGAUGUGGAAGUAAAGAAAAGUGAAACGGAAUUGGAAAUGGUUCAGAAUGAAAUCAAAGAUAUGGAAGAAGUUUUGGAAGUAUUAAAUAUGAGUGUUUCGAAUGCAAAUGCUGAUUUGGAAGCAUUGGAAAAUGAACACAAACGUUUAACACAGUCUUGGUCUGAGGUAAUAGUAGCGAUAUCGUUGCGUGAUCGUAUAUUGUAUCAAGUUAAAGUGGAAACAGACAAAGGAAAGGAAUCGAUUAAGUUGAAUACUGCUGGCAUAGAGGCUACUCAGAAGCAGAUUAAAAAAGAACUACAAGUGAAUGAAAAAUUAGAAACUUUCAAAAAACGUCUAGCUGAAGAUUUUACAACAUUGAAAAAGGACUGCAAACAACAAUCUGAUAUUUUGGCUGGGUUAGAAAAGAAACUCUCUGAUAUACCACUACUACUGGAGCAAACUGAAAAAGAUCUCAAAGAGGCCAAAAAGGAGGGAACACAAUUAGAAACGGAAAUCAAAAGACUCCAAUGGAAAGUCGACAAACAAAACGCUAAGAAAUAUGAAUGUGAAGAGAAUAUAUUAAAAUUGGCUCAGGAUCAUUUGAUCACUGAUAAAGCAAGUGAAUAUCGUUUAAAAUUACUGCAUACUGCGCAAGAGCAAAGAAGAGGCAUGGAAUUGAAUCUAGCACAGGCACAAAAUCAAUUGGCCAGCACUUUAUUAGAUAUGGAACGCUUAAAAGGGAACAAUUUUAGAAUGAGUCAGGAAAAUGAUAAGCUAAGCGGACAACUUGAUGAUUUAGAAAAGAAGUCAGACUAUUUUAAUGCGGAAUUAAAGUAUUUGGAAACACAAAUUGAUAUAAAAAUGAAGCGUAUGGAUAAAUUAAUGAAUCAAUUGGAUGAGUUAGUACGAAGCAGUGAGGGAAGUGAAAUAAGUCCAACUGAAGUGAAGAUUAAACAAUUAGAAAAAUCUAUACAAACCACCGAACAACAGAUACUAGAAUAUCAGCAAUUUUGGAUAAUGCUGCAAAAUCAUUUUGUCAAUCUUACACAAAAGAGAUCAGCACAAAUGAAUCAAAUUCAAAUUACUCAAAAACAAUUGUCUAUUAUAAAGCAGAAAUCUCUAAAAGUUGACCAAGAACUUGAACAGUCGGAAAGCAGUACAAGAGAAUUAAAUCGCGAUAUUCAAAUAUAUCAAUCAAAGCUGGAGCUCUUAAAUGCCAAAAUGGCCAAAAAACGUCAACAACACGAAUCUGAAGAGAGUGAAUGUGAACAGGAACAUGCAGAGUUACUGCAAAGGCUAAAGGAUAAUGAAAUGCAUGUCUUGAGAUUGGAAGAAGAUAUUAACGAAUUGCAAACUGAAACUGAACAAUAUAAAGACAUUGUACUGGACAAGCAUCGAGAAUCCUUGUCGUGGGAGACCAAAUACAAACUUAUAGAGGAAACUUUACGUUGGCGUAAAGAAGAAAGUGCCUUGGACAGUGAACUGGGUACAAUGCGCACCGAAAUACAUCGCAUGCAAAUACGACACCAACAAUUAAAACGUGCUCAAGAGAAACUAAUCGGAGAUCUCGAUCACUGUGUUAUGCAUCGUGAACAGAUAUUUGUAUCAGCUGCAAUAAAACAAAAUAUUGAAUCAAAGCCCACAAGAGUUAAACAGUCGAGUAACACUACACAAUAUAAAAUCAAUGAUUUGCGCAAUAAACUGAAGCAGAUACAAAACGACAUAACCACACUCUCUGAUCAGCAAAUUGUUCAGGCCAAAAGAGAAUACCAACAGAUUCAAGACGAAAUAAAAGAUCUACGUUAUGAAGUCGAUCAAGAAGAGUCUCAGGAUAGUUUGAUACGUACCGAAAUCGAACAGGCUCUUUUAUUAAAAUAUCAAAAUCUCGAAAAUAUUAUUCGUAAACAGAAUCGUGCAAAGUCCUAUCGACGUCUUAAUGCUACAACUCAACCUUUGAAAUUACCACGCAACGAAGCGACAGUACAAGCACAGAUGCAAAAACAAACUGAAAUGAAUGAUCAGUUGAUGGAUAUUGUUCAGACACUAUCUACUGAACAUCCUGAGAAGCAAGCAUUCUUCGCAAGACUUUUGCAAGUUUUGAAAGACUAAAUAAAAUUAAUAUGUAUGUGUGUGUAUUUCCUAAAUAUUUUUACAAAUAAAUUUAUAAU